AUGGCCGCUCCAACUUCACGUCUUUCGCCGCUGGCGAACAAGUCCUCCUCCACAAGUCGGCGGUACCCGCCCAUGCAUUCGCACCCGUACGAUUGGAAUGUCCUCCAACGUCAAGCUACGCAGUGCUUGGCACGACCCCUUUACCGUCCUCCGCGCUGCCAGUCCAACCAACUACAAACUCGAUCUGCCCGACUCAUGGCAGAUCCAUCCAACAUUCUACGUGAACUCAAACGGUAUUUACCCCCAUUAUCUACGCCCGAUGAAGCGACGGCAAACGAUCCUCUGGAUCCCGCGGCGGCUCUUCUUCCUCUUCCGCCGCCAUCGACUUCUCCUCCUCCGAAGGAGCCCCAGGCGUCACCACCCGCAACAUUGGCGCCACCACUUGCUGUGGCGCCGCAACCACCCGCGCCCGAUAAUCUGCGGCUGCUUGCCGCUCCGCCGCUGUCAAUUUACCAUCCCGCCCCGGCGGCGGAUUCCGUUGCCUGUAUCUGCGCAUCUUCGCGCGCCCACGUCGAGGAACUCGCCGUCGGCGAAGCCCAUAUGCUCGACCAGGCGCUCGUAGGGAGCACCGAAAUCCCGCUUGGCGACAACCGUGCCCCUUGCACUUGCACUUGCGCCGCCGCCGACAUCGCCGCUUGCCCCCUAGGUGGUGAGCGCCCCGACAUCCCCGAUUGCCCACGCGACCGCGAUCGUGGGAUCGCGAUGGACAGCGACGGGUUCGCGGGUGGCGAUCCGCGCGACAGACUGAGCGUCGAAACGCCCAUGCUUCUGUCCAUGCCGCCCACUGCCUUGUCCGACAAGCGUCUACACAAACGCUGCAAGGUACUCAAGCAUUGUUUCAUCAUUGCAAAGCUCGAUCCGCCCCACGUCCACAGUCCAGCGCUCCAGGCGCCCCCGUUCAUGCAACUAACACAUGGCACCCUUGAACUCAUCAAACCGGUGAAAACUCACCCUCGCCAGCUACAUACAUUCCACGGCAAGCAGCAUCCACAACACCUGCAACUCAAACGAUUGGACGCUUACAAACAAGCGCAGCGCGUAACAUCGCGCACGUACCCCAAGUCCACGCCACCUCACACGGCAGGCGUGAAGAUCCGAGAGCGAUCCCAGUGGAACGCCAACUCUCGCUCGAACGCUUCGUCUCGGGCGAGGCCGGUCCGCUCCGGUCCACCAAAUUCGGCUUUCGCAUUGGAUUCCGUCUUUACGGAGGCUCCCUUGCCGCUCGCCUUUCCUUGCUUUCCCCCGACGCCUGCAGCCCUCCUUGACUGCAUUGUCAGCCGCUGCCAUCGCUUUGGCCUCUUCGGUGCGCUUUGCCUUAGACUUCACCACUUCAGCUGCUCUUGCCCUCUUGGCGGUCUGCUCACGUACCAAGUGCUGCUCAAGCAGCUUCUACACACCUUCGUCGCCCACUGUCUCAUGGCGCUUUUCACCAAGUCUGCAGCCGCUUGCUACUCAAGCUAUUCGCGCUUCACGGCCGCCUUCGCGUCCUCCCUCGGUGCCACUCCGUCGUCGUCAUCCGACUCAGCUAUGACGUCCACUAUCUACACUUGCUGCUCCGCCGCUUCAGUCUCUUCCACGUUGUCGUCGACGUCCUCGGCGAUUCUUGCCUUCGUCUGCCAUCUCCAAUCUUAA